CACAAAUAUGCAAACUAGAAAACAAUCAUCAGGAAUAAAGAAUUUUAUUACUUCCCUUGGAAAGAAAAAAAUCUUUGGCAGAUGGAUCAAACCGCGGAACCACCACUCAACACACACCAGCAGCAACCAGAAGAAGUUCAACAUCAUGAGAAUGGUACGUCUAAGAUGUUUAGGAAAGUAAAGGCAAGAGCUAAGAAGUUCAAGAACAGUAUUACUAAACAUGAUCAAAGCAAUGAGCAUGAUCAUGAUGUAGUUGAAGAAGAUGACGAGCUAGAACCUGAAGUGAUCGAUGCACCAGGUGUAAAAGGUAAACCAGAGUCUCUGAGUCAUCCGAGAGAAACUAAUGUUCCGGCAGCGGAGGAGAUUGUUCCUCCAGGGUACACCAAACCCACUGAAUCUGUACCAUCACAGGAUACCUCUUACGGACACGAUGCACCGGCUCAUUCUGUAAGAACGACGGUUACAUCGGACAAGGAAGAGAGCAGAGAGGCUCAUCACGAGGCAAUUGACACUCCUCUGCUUUCUGCAACAGAGGAUAUCAAGAGGACGUUUGCUCCUAGUGGUGAUGAUGAUUAUCUUGAUGGUCAACGGAAAGUCAACGUCGAGACACCGAUCAAGUUGGAGGAAGUUCCGCCUGUUACAGGAGGAGGGUCUGAUUAUCUUAGUGGUGCAUCUAAUUAUCAGUCCAAAGUUACUGAUCCCACCAAAGAAGGAAGUGGAGAAGCUAGAGUACCGGAGAUUACUGAGUCUCUUGGUAAUAUGAAAGUGACUGAUGAGUCUCCUGAUCAGAAACCACCACAAGGAUUUGAAAGAGACUUGUCGACGAGAAGCAAAGAAUUCAAAGAAUUUGAUCAGGAAUUCGACUCUGUUCUCGGCAAGGAUUCGCCGGUGAAAUCUGCAGGUGAAUCAGAAGCUGAGCUAGAAAAAGAUUUUCCGAUGAGAAACCAUACAGAAUCUGGAAACGACAAGAAUUCUCCGACGGGCUUUGGUGGCGAAUCAGGAGUUGAGCUAGAAAAAGAUUUUACGACGAGAAGCCAUGAUUUUGAUAUGAAGACUGAAGCUGGAACGGACACGAAUUCUCCAUCAAGAAGCUAUGAAUUUGAUCUGAAAACAGAAUCUGGAAACGACAAGAACUCUCCGAUGGGAUUUGGAAGUGAAUCAGGAGCUGAGCUGGGGAGAGAAUUGCCGACGGGAAGUGAUGAAUUUGAUCAGAAGAUUGAAUCUGGAAGAAACGAGUAUUCGCCGGAAUCUGACGGCGGAUUAGGAGCUCCAUUGGGAGGAAAUUUUCCAGUGAAGAAUGAAUCUGGUAUCGACAAAGAUUCGCCGACGGGAUUUGACGGAGAGCCAGAUUUUCUGGCGAAGGGAAGACCUGGAUACGGCGAGGCAUCGGAAGAGGAUAACUUUCCGGCGAGAAGUGAUGAUGUUAAAGUAGAGACUGAGCUGGGAAGAGACUUACCGACGGAGACUCAUGAUCAAUUCUCACCGGAUAUUUCUCGUCCUAAAGAGAGAGAUGAGUUUAAGGAGUCCAGAGAUGAUUUUGAGGAAACGAGAGAUGAGAAAACAGAGGAGCCAAAAACGAGUACUUACACAGAGAAGUUUGCUUCAAUGCUAGGUUACUCCGGAGAGAUUCCGGCGGGAGAUCAAAGUAAAGUGACGGGAACUGAUGAUGAGAAGUUGACACCAAUCAAUGAGAAGGAUCAAGAAACAGAGUCUGCCUUGACGACGAAGUUACCUCUCCCAGGAGGUGGAAGUGGAGUGGAGGAGCAACAAGGGGAAGGUAAAAGUGUGUCGAGUAAAGAUUACCCGGCGGAGAAACUGACACCUGAAGAAGAAGACAAAGCUUUUUCUGAGAUGAUUGCUGAGAAACUUCAGAUUGGAGGAGGAGAAGAGAAGAAGGAAACGACGACAAAGGAUGUGGAGAAGAUCCCUACCGAGAAGGCGUUGGCGGCCGGAGAACAAGGUGAAGUGACGGGAACUGAUGAUGAGAAGUUGACACCAGUCAAUGAGAAGGAUCAAGAAACAGAGUCUGCCUUGACGACGAAGUUACCUCUCUCAGGAGGUGGAAGUGGAGCGGAGGAGCAACGAGGGGAAGAUAAAAAUGUGUCGGGUAGAGAUUAUCCGGCGGAGAAACUGACGCCUGAAGAAGAAGAAAAAGCUUUUUCUGAGAUGAUUGCAGAGAAACUUCAGAUUGGAGGAGGAGAAGAGAAGAAGACAACGACGACAAAGGAAGUGGAGAAGAUCCCUACCGAGAAGGCGUCGGAGGAGGGAGAACAAGGUGAGGCGGUGGAUGAGGAAGUGAACGGAGGAGGAGGAGGAAUGGUUGGGAGGAUUAAAGGAUGGUUCGGUGGUGCUGCGACAGAUGAGGUGAAGCCAAAAUCGCCACAUUCUGUUGAAGAGGCUCCAAAAACAUCCGGCUGGUUUGGUGGUGGUGCGACGGAGGAGGUGAAGCCAAAAUCGCCACAUUCCGUUGAAGAGUCUCCACAAUCACUUGGCUCCACCGUUGUUCCGCUGCAUAAGGAGCUUUAAGAAUAUGAGAACUAAGAUUUAAGUUUUACUUUUGAAUGUUUAUGUGUGUUUUGUUUGAUGUCUUUGAUGUAUUAUGAUAUAAUUCCUUGUUUGUGUGAAAAGGACUUUGGUUAAUAAAUUUUAUUGGUGUUG